GGCGACCGGGGAUUCGACGGGCAGCAGGGAGCCAAAGGAGACCAGGGGGAGAAAGGAGACCGGGGCGCUCCCGGUGUUAUCGGUGGCCCUGGUCCCCGGGGCAGUGAUGGUGCUCCUGGCCCUCCCGGGCCCCCAGGGAGUGUUGGCCCCCGAGGUCCCGAGGGCAUGCAGGGCCAGAAGGGGGAGAGAGGCCCCCCGGGUCAGUCGGUGCCAGGGGCUCGUGGCGUGCCCGGCAUCCCCGGCGAGAGAGGAGAGCAGGGCACUCCUGGCACCCAGGGGCUCCGUGGGGAGAAGGGGGAGCCGGGCAUGACGGAGGAGGAGAUCCGUGCCUUCGUCAGGCAGGAGAUGAACCAGCACUGUGCCUGCGGCGGCCACUUCCCACGGCACCUGGAUUCACGGCUCCUCCCCACCCAGCCCUUCUCUGCUGGCAGCGCUCACAAAGUCCCUGUGCUCAAGUUGUCACACGCCGAGGAAGAGGAGGGGCAGGAGAGGCGGGUCAUGCUCGGCACCGAUGACACCAGUGACCUGGAGUACGACAGUGUGUAUGGGGAGGAGGAGGACUAUGAUGAGAUCCCGGAGAUGGACAGCUCGGAGCAGCCCAUGAUGGAUGCUGAGCCCUGCAGCCUGCCGCUGGAUGAGGGGGACUGCCAGCGCUACACGCUGCGCUGGUACUACAACCAAAGAGUCGCCGAGUGCCGGCCCUUCGUCUACAGCGGCUGCCGGGGCAACCUCAACCGCUUCGACAGCAAGGAGGAGUGUGAGCUACGCUGCAGGCAGCACCCAGGGGCAGAUGCCCACAGUGUUGCCGGCGGUGUGGCGGGAGGGCAGCCGAAGGCGUAG